CACCAUGUCAACAUUUCCUAGUCACGCGAAGAAGUCCAGCCCGGUCGCAAAGUGUCAACAUGGCGGCGGUGGACGUCGUCGUGUGCAAUUUGGUAACUCUUUGGAGGAUACCGGCCGUCAGAAACAAAUUCCCGUGGAUGUUUUUGGUCAUUUCUGUCGUGGGCUCCAUUCUUAAAGAAUCCCAACUCGUGCCGGACACUUACUUCAGCAGCAGCAGAAAUGUCCUCAACGUGUAUUUUGUCAAGGUGUCGUGGGGUUGGACGCUACUGCUGCUGACUCCCUUCCUCCUCCUCUCCAAUGCAGCCUUUAGCCGCAACGCCGCCUUCCUGGCUAGACGGCUCCUCUCGCUUGUGGUGGCCACGGCCGUGUGGUACUCAUGCACUCAGACCUUCUUUUACAUCGAGGAUGCGACCGGCUCAUGUUUUAAAACGGUCUCAAUGGACAGGAUUGAUAACCGGUUUGCGUCCAAAGCCGAAUGCAGGCAGGCCGGCUACUUCUGGCACGGCUACGACAUCUCGGGACACUCCUUCAUACUGACCUACUCGGCCCUCUUUAUUGUGGAGGAAACGGCGCCCAUGGCGUGCCUGAAGACUGCUAGCUGGUCGGCGCUACAGAGGGUAGUCCUCAACUUUUUGUACGUGGCGCUCAACCUCCUUGUCAUCAUAUGGGUGUGGAUGUUCAUCUGCACCUCGGUUUAUUUCCACGACCUUUCGCAUAAGGUGCUGGGAACUGCGACUGGGCUGCUGGCGUGGUACUUGACAUAUCGCCUUUGGUACCAUAAAUCCUGGUCGCCGGGACUCCCGCCGCAGCGCAAACUCAGAGAACAGAAACGGCACCCAUAAAUGUGCUUUGCGUUUUAAGUUAUUGGGAAGUCAUUUUGUGUAAGACGUCUCUCAACUGCCACUGUGGUGUAUUAUAUGUACAAGUGCUUCUCUGUUUUUAACCAGCACUACGUCUUUAUUUGAAUUAUGAAAUAUAACGCUACAGUUGAAGUUGCAACUUAAAAACAAUAAAUUUGUUGAAUUUUUUUCCCUCCGAAGAAUCAGGAAAUAAAUUAGUUCCUUAUCAUUAUUAUUACGUAUUUCAAAUUAACAGUGCAAAAACUACGCAAGGGCCAAUGAUUUUUGUUAAAGUUUCAAUGAUUAAUAAAUAAUUAUUGAUUAAUUAGAUAACACUGGUCAACAAAAACAAAUCGCCACAUUGAUGCAAAUACUUGAUUUUACGUAAUUGGGAAGCGCUGAAUCCAAUUUUUUUUUUUUUUUUGCAAGUUCAGUUUUUCUUUUAAAUUCUUAUGCAAAGCGAUAUUUUUGUAAGAUAGCACUUAAUCAAAAUCGCCCAAAGUAAUAAUAUCCAUCCAUCCUACAUUUCUAGCAAAAUAAGAUCUGUCAUGCCAUGUUUUAGAGACAACAGCAGACACGGGAGAACAGCAAUAGGGAAAAUUUGACAUGCUAUAAUGUACUGCUGUCAAAGUGCUCCAAUAUGUGAAAAUCAUCAACUAUGACAAGCUAAUUUUUAUGAUUCAGAAAAAUGUAUUUACGUCUGCAAUGGACUAAUAAGUUACACUAGUAUUGAGAGAAAGUAUUUGAAGAAUUUGUGUGAAAAUUAAAUACAGGGGAACACAUUAGGGCAGAUUUGAAGUCAGUGACCCAAAAUUGUAUCAAAUAAGAAAAAAGUGCUGACCAGUGUAAUCACUUAUGGUACUUGUUGAUUAAUCGUCGCACUUCUAUAUUAUAGUAAGUGGCGGGGGAUAGGGACCAAGCCAUGCCGCUAAUGAAGGAAAUGGAUGCCCUCUAAAAUUGCUGUACUGAUACAGCAGCGAAUUAUAUAAUCGAUUAAGCAUUUAAAAGUUUGAAAACUUCAUUUCCAUCCCAUUAUUGAAAAACAUUUCAGAUUGACAGUGCAAAAAAAAAUUCACAAAUGGAUUCUGGUUCAGACAACAGUUAAAAAUAUAUCUUCGUGUAAAGUUAUUGCAAAUGUUUCCAAGUUGUUUUGAGAAAAAACAAACUGUACCAGCGAGCUUUUGUGGAGGAUGACGGAUAUAUGAGAAUAUUUGCUAUUGAGGGGCUGAAAUAAUUGACUUAAACUACAAACCGGAUCCUCAAAAUGUUGGGAAAUUACACACAUUAUGAAUAAAAGUGAAAUGCAAUGAUUUGGAAGCACCAAAUGUCAAUAUUCAGAAAGGAACACAUGACAGUUCAAACGUAUUAAAGUGACAAAAUGUAUAAUUGUAAGAAAAAAAUAUAUUAAUUUUUAAUUCCAUCGUGUCAACAAAUCUCAAAUUGUUGAGACAAGGCAAUUUUCACCAUUGAGGCAUUCCGUUGUCUUACAGCAUUCUGCAAACGUCUGUGGCCUAUACUACGAAGCCGGUUUUCUGGCUUAGCAGGGUAACUUCGAGAGUAACUUUAUCACGUGCGACGUAAGUUCGCGGCUAUGCGAGACUACGAAAGGUGGAUAUGUUGGAACCGAGAAGUGUUGCCAUGGCAACACAUGCCACACGCCAAACCUGGUCGUGUCAGAGUUAGAUCUUGCUUAACAUCAGGAUUCCAAUUAACCACGGUCUAUUUAAACAGCACUCCUCCGCGGACGUGUCUUCCUGACAAUGACAGCGUACUUGGACGACCCAUACGACAUUGGCGCGCGGAUUGUGAGGGGCUCUCUCCGGAGGGCACGGGUAUUUCGGGACCUCCAGAAUCCGCUGGCGUACCCGGAAGAUGUUCUCCAUGAAAGAUAUAGAUUUUCAGCUGAGGGAAUUCUUUACCUGUGCCAACUGAUCUAGGCAGACGUCACUAAUGUAACCCGCCGAGUCAGGCCCUCACAACCGCGCAGAUUGUGUGUGCCUGUCCGUGCGCUCUUUCGCCAGGGACAAUAUAUGUAUUCCAUCGGUGAUGCUGAAUAUCUGCGUAAGAACACUGUAUGCCGUGCGAUUCGGAGUGGGGUAUGGAAACGCUUCAAAUUGAUGCAUUUAUAAUAAUCAUAGAAAUAUGUAGACUAUAUAAACAUUGAGAAAACUUGCGUUUUUUUCUGCCAACUCGAGGAGAUUAAAUUAAAUGUCAAAUCCACUGAUAGGACAGACGCACAAAUAUAAAAGAUAUACAUGUUUAUUGAAUAUGCAUCUUACAGUCUUGUUUAACUGUGAAAAAUCGUUACAAAAGACGGGCUUUUAUUUACGCAACAACGCAUGGCAUCCCCGCAUUUCCUUCUUCUCCUGAAUCCUCACAAAUAUAACAUAAUUUUUUUUUGUCGGGCUCGGGGCUGCAAAUCAAGUUUAUUGAUCGGACUCGGGUCGAGUCGGGCUGGAUUUUUUAGGCCCAAACUAAAAAAAAAAAAAAACAUACGUAUUCGUACAGUCAAGGGGACUAAACAUACAAUCAUCCUUUUUCGUGUGAUGAUGCGUGACAAUUAUUUCUUACUGUUAAUGUACCAAAUCUUAUUUUAUUGUCCUGACAGCAAGCUUUAUUUCUUUUCAUGGACAUAAGUAAACUGGCAUAUUGACGCAUUCACAAAUCACACGAUCUGUAAAUUCGCUGUCAACAGACCCGUUGCGCUCUACUCGCCGAAGCGGUGUUGGAUUUCGCGGUGAGGGUGGAUUUUAAUUCCUCAUAAUUCCGCAUGAUCAUCGCGCAUUCCUCCUCCGUGAAGUAAGGUGCCCGUGCCAUCGUCACAAGUAGUGUUUGACUCUGGUCACCGCCCCCUUUUAUGUGAACGCGCAGUAACUCUGACUGGGUUGACACAGGUUCGACUAAUCAACCUCAUAAUCAGCGUCGUAGCACCGAUUGACCACAAACUAGACAACCAGGUUUUGUCAACUCCGGUUACCCGCUAGUAAACUGGAUUACUUCUGGGGAGGUUGAACUCCGUUCGUAGUAUAGGCCACUGGUUAAAUACCUACAUUUAACUGUUCAACUGCUGAAAAAAAUCACCCAACUAGAGGCUCUUCUCAAGACUGCAAAGUUUUUGGAGUGUGUUAUGAGUACCACUUGUGGCACACAAAAGGAUCACUGCAUGACACUGAAAUUCCACUAUUUUUUAUUUUAACUUCAUUUUCAACUGUACUGUAUUUUUAAUGAUAGUCAUUGGAUUUGUUUGCUUGCAAAAUAUUUGGGUGGGUAUAACUUGGUGCUUGAUGUUCGACAACCCUUGAAUUACUUUUGUAUUAUACAGGGCUUUGUCGCCAUCUCAGGACGUUUCAGAAAGCAGAAAAAGAAUUUGUGCGUGUUUUUUUGUUUUGUUACAUUUUUUUUGCUAAAAACUAGGGCCUUUCCCACGCUUCCCUCUUCUCAAAUACACAAAUAGAUUAUUUAUGAGUUGUAGUCCAGUCAUAUAUUUGUAUGCUCUCUUAGCAUCAGUCAACUGACAGUAAAGUUUCUGUUUGCACUUUUGCAUGUGCCAAAAACAUUCAUUAAAUGUUUGAAUACAUUGAAAAUGGUUCAGAUUACUUUGUCAUUUUAAUAACCGCCUUGUUGGCAAGUAGCAGAAAAAAAAAAAUUUUACCUAAUAACUCUUCAUGUUGAAUUUAAAACAAUACAUUAACACAUUCUAUCACCAAUUUGCCAUAUGUUUAAUUUACAACAUAACAGAAAUGAGUAAUUAGUCCAUUUAAUUCGUAAUAAUUACGCUGGUCAUCAGAGAUUCGGGCAUUUCCUGAUUGCCUCUGGUCAAACUUGGCCUGGCUAGUCCUAAAAAUAAUAAAAAAUGCAAUAAGUGGGUGAAUUCCCGAGUACACAUAACUGGCCUUGGCGAAAAAAAACAUUUAAGCCCCUUAAUCAUCCAGAAAUUUACUCAAGUACAAGUAAAGCAUUUGUUGAAAAGAAUACUCAAGUGACGAGUAACAUUGUGAGUUAACUGCUUACAAUGUUUGAUAUUUUUAAAUCAUGGUAUAUUUCUUUUCUCAGCACAACUUCAUCGAUAUGAACCGUUAUUAUUAUACUGUAUUAUAACCUAUUACAUGACCAUAAUAGGCCAAAAUGCUGACACAAAAAUCACCGAAUUCAGAACAAAAUAUGAAACGGCAACUGUCCAAAGAGCAUGAGUGCCCUCUAGUGGAGAAAAAAAUAUUGUUAACGCUGAUUGGUGUAAUUGAUUCAUGUGGUUAUUGUUUCGACGUCUCAUUGGUGAAACAGAGGCCACUGUCGGCAUCUCUGGCAAUAAUAAAGUGACUAUCAAGAAUAAAGGCGAAAAAUGUAAUUACUCUGGUGCAGCCCAAAGUAGUGGAGUAAGAGUAGUGUUUCUUCACAAAUCUACUCAAAGUAAAGUAUUCCGUGGUAAAACUAAGACGCACAUUUUUCUCAAAGUUACUCAAGUAAAUGUAACUGAGUAAGUGUAACGCAUUACUUCCCUUUCUGGGUACUGGACGUGCUGGUAGUGAAACAAGCAUUUCUGGACUACUUAGCAGGGAGGGAAGAUUUAGAACAAAUACAGUACUUAUUUGUUGUGAAGUUGUGCAGGGGUUCUUGUCAAUCCCGUUCAAAUAAGUUACUGUAAAUAGUCACCUGCUCAUCUCC